UAUACAAGAUGGGGUUGGAGUAUUGAACAUCGCAUGCAAAUCCUCUCAUCACAUCUCAUCUCAAACUAAAUUCACUGCUCGCAUUAUCUUCCAAAAGAUCACUACAUGAAAAAGGGAAUUAUAAUAGCUUCUAUUAUAGUAGUUAUAACCCCGAUCGUAAAAGUCAUUUUCACCGUUAAGAAAUGUCGCCGGCAGCGAAAAAAAGCCAUCGCCUUCUUCCACCCGUACACCAACACCGACGGUGGAGGAGAAAGAGUGCUGUGGUGUUCCGUCAAGGGCAUUCAAGAGCUCUCUCCCGAUCUUGAUUGUGUUGUUUAUACCGGCGAUCCAGAUGCUUCGCCGGAGACUCUUACUGCACGCGCCGUCGAUCGCUUUGGAGUUACAUUACCAUAUCCUCCUAAGGUGGUACAUCUAUACAAGAGGAAGUGGAUCGAUGAUACCACAUACCCUCGCUUCACAUUAAUUGGUCGGUGCUUAGGCUCAGUAUACCUCUCCUGGGAAGCCUUCUGCAAGUUGGUUCCUAUAUAUUAUUUUGAUACCAGCGGACAUGCUUUUACAUUUCCUAUUGCGAAGCUAUUUGGUUGCAAGGUUAUAUGCUACAUUCAUUACCCAACAAUCACUUUAGACAUGCUAUCUGGUGGCAAAGCCCCGACUCCAUUAAUGUACGACAAUGAUCCAGAGGUUGCUGAAAGCAUCAUGCCAUCCCGUUACAAAGUCCUCUAUUACACUUUUUUAAGCUGGCUUUAUGGGAAAGUAGGAUCUUGUGCGGACGUUGCGAUGGUUAACUCUUCCUGGACAAGAGCUCAUAUUAAUAAGCUUUGGAGAAUUCCAAAUCGUACCUUCCGAGUCUAUCCCCCUUGUGAUACCACAGAGCUCCAGGAGCUACCACUAGAAAGAUCAGCAGUACCACCAAAAAUUAUUUCUGUGGCUCCAUUCCGUCCAGAGAAGGCACACAAUCUUAAACUUGAGGCAUUUGCACUUGUGAUAAAGAGUUUAGAUUUAUCCUUGCCUAUGCCUAUACUCCAGUUUGUCGGUAGUUGUCAGAACGAGGCAGAGGAAAGGAGGCUACAGAAACUGAAAGAUCGAGCUAUAGAACUGAAGGUUGAUGAUCAUGUGGAGUUCUACAAGAACGUUGCACGCAACGAAGUAGUGCAAUUUUUAGGUGGUGCAAUUGCAGGACUUCAUGCAAUGACUGAUGAGCAUUUUGGCAUCAGUAUUGUAGAAUACAUGGCAGCAGGAGCAAUUCCAAUCGCUCAUAACUCGGCAGGACCAAAAACAGACAUCAUAUCAACAGAAGACGGUAUACAGGUUGGUUAUUUAGCUCGAUAUGUAGAAGAAUAUGCAGAUGCUAUGUUGCAAGUUAUAUGGAUGCCAGAAAAUGAGAGGCUGGAGAUGGCUGCUGCUGCAAGACAGAGGGCCACCAGAUUUUCAGCACAAAGGUUUUAUCGACAUUAUAAAGCUGUUGUGCAACGGGUCUUAUGUCAUUCCAAGGACUAAAAAACCAAGGGUCCAUUUCACUUCUUGUUGCUUAAAUUUAUUAUAUACUAAUUUAUGGCUACAAGUAUAUUCUUUUUUCUCUGUAGUCAGAGGUAUUAGCGCUGUCCAGGGUUUACUUAUGGAGUUAUUAAAAUUAACAAAUUUUACAAGUUUGUGCC